AUGACCAAAGACGAACUGUCAGACGAUGAACCGUGGCGAUCACUGGAUCCCGAUCCUGGUGCAUUCACACAAUUGUGUCUUCGCAUGGGGGUUCGCGGCGUUCAAGUUGAACGACUCCAUUCGAUGAAGCGAGAUUCAUUACGAACCUUAAAACCGGUAUAUGGGGUAAUUUUAUUGGUGCGACAAAAGACGGAUCUAUCACUCAAAGACGAACCGUCGACGAGCAAUGGCCCAAUUUAUUUUGCGAAUCAGGUAGUCCAUUGGGCUUAUGCGAUGCAUGCUCUGCUUAGCGUACUGCUGAACUGUGAUGAGAUCGAAAUUGGUGCGGAUCUGGCUCAUUUUAAACACUUCACUCGAGAUUUUUCGCCAAUGAUGAAGGGGUUAAGCUUAACCAAUUGCGACAAGCUCAAGAAGGCCCAAAAUAGUCUCAGCAAUUUUCACUCGUCAUCGCUGGACGACAAAAUCUAUCAUCACAUCAGCUACAUAUAUAACAGUGGUCAUCUGUGGGAAUUGGAUGGAUUCAAAAGAGGACCCGUCAAAUUAGGUUUAUGUACCGAUGAUAAUUGGUUGGAAGUCGCACGCACCGAGUUAUUACGCAAAGUCGAACUAUAUCAGCGUCAACAUAUUCCUUAUUCGAUUUGGUCGGUGAUGGAAGAUCGACGACGAGUGCUGCAACGACGGUUGAUAGCCAAGCAAUAUAUCCAGACCGUCAUUGAACGACAACUCGAUGAACAUCAUCCAUCUUGGCGCAUGCUUAUGCGUGUACAACAAUGGCAAGACGAAUACGCUCACGCUAUGAAUAAUGCAAAUAAUAAACGGGGUCAAGAUGCGUCAACCUAUCUACUGAAUACAUACUGUCGAUCCAUCCACGAUAUGCCAAAGGAUGAACAAAAUGCAAUGCACAGUCAAUUAGAAACGGAGGUCAAGAACCGCCCAAUGGACGAACUAACCACCCUCUGGCUCAAGAUACAAGAUGACACCUUGAGACUCUACGAGCAAUUGGGCCAAGAAGACGAAAAAGAAGAAAACUAUAAGCAUGACGUGGUUCGAAGGAAUCAUGAUUACAAGCCGUUUAUUACGAGCUUAAUUGACAGUUUGGUGGCUCAAGGAUACCUGCAGCAAAUGCUUGCAGAUGCCUCUUGA